AUGAACACGCCAGCAGCUAAGCGAAGGCGCGUCGACGCCGCCAACAAAACCCUCAGGAAGCCAUUCCACUCGCCGCUGCUCAACCGGCGGCCAGGCACGGGAGAUGAGAGCACGCCAGGAUCCAGCAAGACACCAGAGCCAAACGCCAACAAACAGCCGUCCGAGGAUGUCUACUCGCCUUGCUCGCCGUCGGUAUCGAAACAGCCUCAGGCAGUGAGGCCAGCGCGGUCGCUGGGGAACCUGCACCACACCCGGCCGGCGUCGCCUUUGAAACUAUCCAUAGCUUCCGGGCCUCCUCAGUCUGCCAAGAGGAAAGCUACAGGCUCGGGUGAGGACGACGUCGGGCCGGACCACGACAACCCGUUUCUUGCUCUUGUCAGAGCCCACAAGACGGCUGGCCGCGAUGCCGUUAUGAAAGACCUGGAUCGGCGGCUGGACACCGUCGAGCAGGCGAGGAAGAUCGAGGCUGCGUCCGAGGAGAGCCGACCCGGGGAGCCUGUGGACCAGGAGCUGAGGGACCUCAUUGCCAAGUGGAAGGGAGCAAGUCGGCUGGCCGCUGAGGAGUUGUUUGAGACUGUCAAGGAGCGCGUUGAUAACGCUGGGGGCUCGAAGGCAUGGAAAGAGAUGCAGCAGAGGCAGUUGGAGUUCUACCAGGGAUUUGAUCAGGAGUCACCCUCCAAGUCGAAAGUUUCAGACGAGGACUUUGAAUCGGAGUACUCGCAAGACGUUCAGUCUCACCUGAAAGAGGGCAGGAGAGCCCAGAAGGCUGAAAACGUACCUGACGAGGAUGAUGAGCCCGAAUUCAACAUGGCACACAUGCUCCAUAGCCUGAACAUAGAUCUUUCACUCCUGGGAUACGAUGAGAAAGAGGAUAAAUGGACCAAUGAGACCUAG